AUGUAUCCUGAUUGGCCCAGAUCUGACGCAGAUCUAGUGCCCCUGCCAUGCUGCGACGGCCCCAAGCUGGAGCCGUUCGACUUCAAGGGCCCGCAACAGAUCGAGUUCCUAGAGCACCUCGGAGAUGGAUUGCAUGCACAAGUCCUCAAGGUCAAAAUCCUGGGUCAGAUCUAUGCAUUGAAACUGUUUAGAUUCACAUGGGAUGAAGAUUGGUUGGGCCGUGGCCCGGACAAUGACGAGAAUGAUCUCGAGGCCAUGACUGCAUUUUACAAUUACUCGGAGCCUUUCACCAGCGAGUGCCGUGCUUUCGGUCGCCUUCGCGAAACCGGUCAUGAAGAGCUGGCAGUCAAGUGCCUCGGCUACGUGCUGCUCGACGAGGAACACGAGCGUGCCAUGUUGAGCCAGUUCAGCAAUGUUGAGCUGAACGGGAGCUUCUACUGUCCCGGAGCUGACGACAUGCGCUCGCGCUUUCUGGGUAGAGACGGUAGGCCGCCGCCCAUCCGAGGCAUCCUCAAAGAGUUUGGCCCCGCCGCGCAGGAUUUGCGCAACCCUGACAUGCGCAGGAUCCUCCGGGAUAUCACUCAACUGCAGCAGCUUGGGAUUAUUCACAUCGAUGUGGCCGAUCGACAGAUCGUCGGCGGCAAGAUCUCCGACUUCAGCACAGCCAUGACCGCGCCGCAUUAUCUCAUGACUCCUGAGCUCAACCCGCACUUGACUCCGGAGUGGAUAUCUGCCAUGGAGUUUGAGACCUUCCAGUUCAGUAUCAACGACUUCUGGGACUUUGACGAGAUGGUGGUCAUCUGGAAUCAGGAACACCCGGAGCAGAAGAAUAAAAUCUCAGUCCAUGCAUUUCCUGGCGGUUUUGGAUGUAAUAUCAAGUACGACUUGAGAAGCUCGCCGUCGCGUGAACGUGUUUAUUCUUUCGUUGACCCAAGACUGUAUGACUGGAAGGUGUCCGCCGUUGGACAGGAGCAAAGGUCGACCAAAGGGGGAAAGGUCGGAAAAGGCAAAGGAACAAAGCCUAGCAGCCCUGGAAAGUCUCCUCAAGGAGUUUCAAAGUCCCGCCGACGGCUCCAAGCGAAGCCGCCCCGAUGGUACUAUGAUUGUAGCAAGAAGGUAGCGGCGAAGUUGAAACGCUCAUAUGGUUUUAGUACCUCUCUCAGUUGGGUGUUUAGAGAUGGUCAUAUAUUUCCUCAGAAGAAAAAAUAA